AUGUCGAGUAGAACAAACAAAACCACUAUGCACGAGUUGAAACUUCGUCGUUUGCUGGAACAUAAUCAUCGAUUGAGAGAAGAAUUGGCAAGACCUAGAGUCAUGGUCAGUAUCGCCAGUCUUAAUUUGAUCAAUUACUGUCGGUCGACAAAGGACCCCAUGAUCCCCUCACUAUGGGGUCCAUUAGGUAGAGGUGAAGAUCCUUUCGCACCUCAAGAGAAUGGUGGUUGUUGUACUCUUAUGUGA